UGCGCGGCGCAGACUGAAUUGUGUCGCAGGAGUCCAGGAUUCACGCAUCACUGUGCGCCUGCAGCGUCACAAGAUGAGUCCUGCCUCACGAUGCGUGUGAUCCAAAUGACUGUGGAUUUGUUAUUUGGCCUCCAUCACUGUGAGGGUGGAAGUGACACAUCCGCACCGUGUGACAGCCUCUCCGUGGACGCUGAAGGUUGAGCGGGUCUGCUGAGGAUGCGCCCCGAGCGCACAGUUGAUCUGUGUGGAUGACGGGCUCCUCGGGGCCGCUUCAGCUCCUGUUUCAGCGCGGAAAGGAUUAUUUGUUUUCAUACACCAGGAGGAGAAAUGGGGAGCACGACCUCCUGCUGCGUGUCUGGCAGCCCCAAGCUGCGGAGAAACGCGCACUCCAGGCUGGAGCCGUACCUCCAGGAGUCGGAUCUGAGCAGGGAGGAGACGGCGUGCAACCUACAGCACAUCAGCGACAGGGAAAACAUCGACGAGUUGAACAUGGAGUGCAACCCAUCAGACCAUCCUCGGGCCAGCACCAUAUUCUUGAGCAAAUCUCAUAAUGACGAUGUGAUUUACAGGAAUGUGCGAGAGAAACGAAAGAGCCUCCUCAUCAAUAAUCACGGCAGUCUGAGGAGAAAAUACAGCUCCUGCUCAACCAUCUUCCUGGACGACAACACAGUUAGCCAGCCCAACCUCAAAUAUACCAUCAAAUGCGUUGCUUUAGCAAUUUACUACCAUAUAAAAAACAGAGACACAAAUGGAGGCAUGCUGUUGGAUAUCUUUGAUGAAAAGCUGCAUCCUCUCUCAAAAUCAGAGGUUCCACUGGACUACAACCAGCACGACCCGGAGCAGAAGCAGAUCUACCGCUUCGUCAGAACCCUGUUCAGCGCUGCUCAGCUCACAGCUGAAUGUGCCAUCGUCACACUGGUGUACCUGGAGAGGCUGCUCACUUACGCAGAGAUUGACAUCUGUCCUGGAAACUGGAAAAGGAUUGUUCUGGGCGCCAUUCUGCUGGCCUCGAAGGUCUGGGAUGACCAGGCCGUCUGGAACGUCGACUACUGUCAGAUCCUCAAGGACAUAACUGUGGAAGACAUGAAUGAACUGGAGCGCCAGUUUCUGGAACUGCUGCAGUUCAACAUCAACGUUCCGUCCAGCGUCUACGCCAAGUAUUACUUCGACCUGCGAUCGCUGUCCGAGUCCAACAACCUGAGCUUCCCGCUGGAGCCGCUCAGCAGGGAAAAGGCCCAGAAGUUAGAGGCCAUUUCCAGACUAUGUGACGACAAAUACAAAGACAUCCGGAGAGCAGCCAGGAAACGCUCGGCCAGCAUGGACAACCAGUGUGGGAGACGAUGGGUUCCUGCAAUCCUCUCCUAACCACCGAUCAGCGUCCAGGAGCCUCGUGGUUCUGACUGGACCACAGACAUCAAACCUUCUGGCUCCUCUGGAUCCUGUAGAACUUGAUGGAACAUCGGCAUCAACUGGUGAAGGUCACACCUUUAAAAAGUGGAUCUAUGUGCAACAUGAACACUGGAUUUGGCAGAUAAGACUCCAGAGACGUUUCUACCUUAACAUGAUGCCUUCGUAGUGCCUCGACUUGUCUACUGACUGGGAAGAUGCAGGAAAUUUUGAGUUUUCUUUCACCUGUGAAAAGACAAACAGUUUUGGACCAAGUCCUGGGUGAGGAGAAGAACUUCAGAUGUUUCAGGACUUGAAACAUUUGUUUAUGUUUCUAGGCUUCUCCUGAAUUUGUCUUAGGAUAUAUGUCUAAUAUAAUCUUUUGUUCAGACAACCGUACAAAGAAUAUCAUUUAUUUUGCUCUGCAAUUCAAACAUUAGCCUAGUGUGGAGCUUUUUACUUGUUAUUUAUUUCCUUUUGAUAGUACUCUAAACAAUGAAAGUGUUGUUGAAGGUUUACAGUAUUUCUUGUGUACCUCUUAAUACUCAGGUAGAACAUUAAAUAUGUCAUUUCCCUGUGAUGCUCCAUAUUUUACAUAUAAGGAUGGGAACAUUGUGAAGUAGCUCAGACUGUACAUAGAAGGAAUAAUAAAAUGAGUAAUAAUGUUCAUUCAGACAUGAGUGACAGUUCUGGGGUCAAUUUCAGUUCAGCAAUAGCAGGAAAUUCUUUUUUCUAAAUAGUGUUUAUAACAUAAAAUUAAUCUUUUUUUCCCCACAAUUAUCAGUAUUACAAUGUCAGUUUUAAGAUGUUUUUCACAGUGGACUACAAGACACCUCACUUUUAUUUUCUUCCUUAAAUAUUACUAUUAAUACUUCAUGAGAACAUUGAACAGUUGAAGUCAAACCAUUUUGUCGGGACUUUUUGUGUCCAUAAAGAUUUUUCUCUCUGGAAGAAAAAUGAGGAGUUUCAGUUCCGAUUUAAAGAAAAAAUAAUGUUUUUCUUGGGCUUUAAAUUUGCUUAGCAACUCUUUUUCAGAUCAAAUAACAUCUCAUUUGAUUUAUUUUGUGCAAUUUUCUCAAAGGAUUGAUUUUGUGCCGACAGAUCAGCUGACACUUUAGACGUUGAAAAGUUAACUUUAAAGACAAUUCAGAUUUUUUUUUAGGUGGGGCGUUAACCUGGAGAAUCAAAGAGAUUCUAAUUCUAUCCAAUUAUUUCAAUGUCUACCUUUGUAACAAAAAAAUGACUUAAUAUUUUCAUGUUUUAGUUCAUAAUGCAGAGGGAAUAUUGUGAAUUUUUGAAUCUGUUAUAUUUCUACAUCAGAAGAUAAACCUCAACAACAAACUGCACAGUAAACAGAUCAGCAGCAUUUUUCUCUAGAUUUCCCCAGCAGCCUUUUGUUUUAUUUUUGUUUGUGUUGCUGCAGUCCUCAAAUAACCAGUGAAACAUAAAAACAUCUCUUUAAAUCAACUCCAAAGUCCAAAUUAAAGGCAGGAGAAUGAUCAGAAAACAUUAGAAGAGGAGCAAGAGUUAUCUGAGGAGUUUGUUUUUAUUUAUUCAGUAUUACAUGAUAUACCUCCCAUUCAUUUCAACAGUUUCCAGUCUUACAUGUGUCUUUAUUCAGUGACUCUUAUCAUCUGUUACAUUAAAAAUAUGUUUUACUGACAGUUAAUGGAUCCCUGUUUUUACCGCCAGGUGAGAGAAAUAUAUUUUUCUUCUAAAACCUCAACAAAAGGUGCAAACUAAGCUGUUUCCUGUUUUACAUGGUUAAACAAAAAAUGAAAUAAAAUUUUGUAAACUGUAGCAACCAAAGACUUUUCCUUAGUAGAUAUAAUUUAGACCUUUUUGAGUCAUCAAAUGUAUUUUUUCCCCCAGAAUGUUUUCUAAAAACAAACAUCUUCAUACUGUGUUAAAUUAUCCAUACUGUCAGCAUUAGGCAACAUUUUUGUGUUCAAUUAGCACAAAUAUUUAUUGUUUCUUUUGAAUUAGUCUGAUUAUUAAGCUAGGAAUGCAUUAAUGUAUUUUAUGAAUUAUCUUUGUACAGUUUAUAAAGAGUACAGAUUCUCAGAAAAGGUUGUUAUAAAUUAUUUAUGGUUUCGUUGAUUUGUGUUUUGUAAUAAAAGAAGACUCUUGUUUAGUAAAUGUGAGUUAUUAAGG